AUGGUGAAGAGAGGGGAAGCUGGGGCCAUGGGCACUUCAGUCUUCACGUAUCUCUUCAUUAUCCUCCUCACUGGGGGCUCCCCAACAGGAUGUGCUGAAAACAGAGGCUCUGCAUCCCACGGCACGGCUGGAAGCACAAAGACACUUGUGCUGUUGAAUAAUACAGCGGACGUCGAAGCCUUCAUUAGAGGUGCGGAGGUGGCAGUCAUUGGGUUCUUCCAGGCAGAUGAUGACCGGAGGGAUCUGGAUAUCGUAGAUGGGAAAGAAGUCAAUGCCGAGAAGAUGAGUCGUUUCAUUCGGAUGAAUGAGCUCCGGCUGGUGACUGAGUAUAACCCUGUGACAGCAGUUGGUCUGCUGCACAGUUCUGUCCAGUUUCACCUCCUCCUGAUCACAGACAAGAGGUGCCCAGAGCAUCCUGAGCGCAUGCGCAGAUUUCGUGAGGCAGCAGAGCUCUUCCAGGGGAAGAUUCUCUUUGUCCUGGUAGACAGCAAUGUGAAGGGCAAUGAACGAGUGGUGUCAUUCUUCGAACUAAGGAAGUCCCAGCUGCCAGCUCUGGCUAUAUUCCACACACCAGAUGAGGAGCGGGAUGUGCUGCCUCUGGAUGAAGUCUCCAUUGAGCGUGUACAGGACUUCUGUAAUGUUUUCUUACAAAGAAAGCAGAAGAAAGAAGAUAAACCAGAUGAACCAGAGGAGAAGGCCGUCAGUGAGGAACUCUGAUUCCCUUCUCAGCCAACAGGAUGACUGUGCCCAGAGUCACCUGUUCUUGAUGUAUGAAUAACUCACUAAACUGCACUGCCCAGGAAUUUCUGGGACAGUAGGAAUAAGGGGCCAAGUUAGCCAUGGCUUCCUGUCUCCGUGCCAUAUACAUACAUGUUGUCUGUCCUCUCUAGGAAUCUCUCCUUCCUUCCCAUUUGCUGGCUCUACUCUCUUUUCUCAGUACUCCAGGAGCUGUUUUUUCCCUACCCUGGGUCCUUCCAUGCCACCACUGUCAGAGCAGAGGGUGAUACAGCAGAAUGGCAGUAUCAGAGAUACAGUCUGUAGUUCCCAGAGAAACUGACAGGUCUGUUUCCCUCAUGAUGGCUCCCUCCUUCUCUUUUGCUUUUGGUGCCAGGCUGGCAUCCCC